CCUGAAACAUGCUUUCGCCGCUUCCUGGUAAACCAUCUGGAUUCGACAGCAUGAGGACACGUGAACUCAAAGAUGAAAACCUGAUAAGUAAGUUCUCGCAGCGAGCGCGAGGGCACGAAUAGUUAGCAAUGAAUCAAAGUCUCUCAGAGCUUGGUUUCCAAAACUAUUACCAGCGACUCGUCGAUCAUAGUUUGAUAUCCCAAUCACAAGCAAGUCGAGCACUUGAAACACCCAUUUCAUCAUCCUCGUCAGACUAUCCUCGCUGUCCGAUCUGCUCACACCUUCUCGUCACAUGUUAUGGUUGUUCGAACGUCACCUGCGAUAACAGUUGCUGUAAAGGUGCUAACCUCAUUAGUUUUGUGUCUUCGUGUCAAUCGUGCUUUUCGACCCUUGCGACGGUGAAGAAGUGCAGCCAGUACGACUGUUCCUCUCGCGCACAUUUUACUGGUGGCGUAAUCUGUCCUGAUUGCGUCAGACCCACGGACGGUCACAUACUUUGUCCCUGCGAGGACAACUGGAUUUGUGGCACGUGUGCCACUAACGAGAAAGUUCUGAACCAUUGUGGACGCUGUCCAAAAUGUCAGAACUAUUUUUGUUUCUUCAGGUGCAGAUACAUCGACGUGUGCGUGGACUGUCGCAUGAUGACGCUAUGCAAUGAUUGCAUGGAAGAAGACAUGUCCGAGGAGGAGUCUUCAACUGCAACAUUCCUCGUGGCGACGUGCGAAGAAUGUCGGGGCAGAAUCUGCACAGAUUGCUUUAAUGAUUGUGGAUCCCGUUGUCGAUCUUGUCUCAGUGUUCAUUGCCAGGAUUGCGUGGACUACGAAGAGUGUCCGAGUUGUGGGGAGCUUAUGUGCCUGACUUGCGCCACGGAAGAUGGGUGUCGGGGGUGCGAGGUAUGUCGAUUUUCAAACAACGAAUGUUGGUUGCCAUUGACAUAUCGAAAUAAGGUAGUCUAUGCGUGGCAGCUUCCGGAUACCCGCAGUCGAGCGAAGUCUGCCGACUCGGAAUCGACCAGUAGCAAGUGUUGACGGACGGGUGUCGACAAAAUAUUUUGUCACUUUCACUCGGUGUGCUUCGCCUUUCGAAGUAAUUUUACCUGCCCGAAUGCAAAUUUUCGCUUUUGCGAAACGUUUCCGACAUGCAUGAACGAACACAAACUAAUGAGGCAGAUAUUCCCU